UGAGGGGCGGAGGCCAGUCGGCUCCGAUCUGUCAAACGAUCCGUGUAUAGUACUCCGCCGGCUGUGCGUUCAGCUCCAUUAUACGCUCGAUCGCAUCAGUUCGUCAUCAUACUUGGCGCGUAGCUGUCGCUCGAGGAUGAUGUGGCUGGUCGGUGAAACUAGUACCAGUGCGUGAUCCUGCAUGUGGUUCCACACCUGAUCGACCAACGAGAUAGAUCAGAGAAAUCACGAGACAUCGCUCCACGGAGACGCAAAGUAAACAGGACGCAAAAGGCAGUUUCAGUCCGCUCUUCGCUCUUCACGUGCAUUAACGCCUUUGGUGUUCGACGCACAGCUCUUCUCCGGCGAUCGAUAGGCACACGCGCGGUGGGUGGUGUGUAUGUGUGUGUGCGGUGACGCGCUGUCGUCGAACGAUCACCCAGCAGCGGCAGUGUGCUCGCGAGCGAGGGUCGAGAGGAAAGAGCGAACGCCGGAUCGAUCGAUUCCGGCCGUGUAAUUUUCUGAUCGUCGCUACCUGCAUGAAGGCGAUGGUGGUGAGCCCGGUGAGCGGCAGAGUGCCGCCCAACCAUCGCGGCGUGCUGCACAACGGCCUGGGGAUCGGCGGCACCAGACGCGACCUCGAGGCCGAGGAGGUGGCCGCUUACCUCACGAAGCUACGCUCUCUCGUGCCGGACAUGCCGCGUAAGCGGAAGCUGUCGAAGCUCGAAGUGAUCCAGAGGGUGAUCGAGUACAUCUGCGACCUGCAGACCGCUCUGGAGGAGACGAACGCGGCGCAUCAGGACGCGAAAACGAUGACGACGUCGACGACAACGGUGACGGAGUCGACGGUGGCGACGCAGUCGUCCUCGAGGCAACCCCUGCUGAACACCAUCACGUCGACCGCCACGACGACCACUACGACGUCCGUCGUAACCGCGACGGUCGCCGAUCGGUGACCUGUUGGUCGAACCCACUAGGGUACAGGUCGCAUCGAGGCCACCCUCCUCGUGGACUAGAUGGAUCGCUCUGCUCUUCGAAAAGGACGUCCGUCCGCUGAUCUACCCUCGAUUUGGGCAGUCACGGGAGGUAUCGAUCAUCGCCCGGAAGAGAAAACUACCCGGGAGACCACAGGUCUAAAGGGCGCACCUACAUCCGAAGACGAGAAUAUAUUUUGAUCAAAGAGACAUUUUGAUCAAAAAGAGCGAGUCCCGCGCCGGUUUUUACCCUUCUCUUCUGCGAAGGGAAAUUGUAAAUACAUUUGUACAUACGCUCAUCGCCAUUCCACACGAGAUCUCUCACGGUUAUAAGGACCCGGCACGAAUUUCCUCUACCCCUCUUCUUUCGCUCCCCUAGGAUCUCUCUCUCUUAUCAUUCCAAUUUUUUCUUUCCCAACCGACCGCGCGACACCGAUCGAAUCGGCCGCGGGACCAGCGGUCGAUUUCAUCGCGAUCUCUGGUCUUUCGAGGCCUCGAUUGACGGACUGUGGAAGCCCCAUACAGCACAGAUCAUUCCACCCGCACAACAUAAUUUUCUAAAAGAUGUCCUAAAGAUGUCCAGAGGAUGUUCGAGAGAACAUCCUGCGAACGUCCUUAGGAUAUUACUCGGAGAACCGUGUUGUAGGCAGCAAUAUUGCAACAACAUUGCAAACUUGCUUGCAAUAAGUCUGUUCGCGUUGUUUGAAAUCGCGAACCCAAAAUUUUUGCACUUAAAGGAAAUAAAUAUAUAUUCAGACGUUGAAGAGAGAAAAGGCGAAGAUGCCGAGUACAAGCCUAUUGUUGCCGCAAGUUUCUGUGCUGCAUGGGAGGCGACGCGCGUGUUUCCAACUGGCGUUCGUUCUUUGAUAAAUUACUUGUUGUGUGACUGGGAAACUGGAUCGACUCUCGAGUCUCCCGACGGCGAGAGUCCAUCCUGUUCCCAUCGUCGAUCGUAUCGUAACGCGAUAUCGCGUCGAGUGCGGCAACACGCGCACGCGUUCGAAUACACUGAUUGUGAGCAAAACGUUCAUUACACUCGAGUCAAUUACAUAGCCGCCCCGCCCAGCUAGUCUCGUCGAUCGAUCGCCUUUUCUUGCCGGAGGUCCUUCCUUCCUGGAGAACGCGCCUCGUCGCCGAGUCGCGCGCGCGAGGAGAAAACAGAAGUUUUCUAUCCCUCGUAAAGUCGAUGAUCGACGAAUUUUGGAUGUCGGAGACGAGAGCGAGAUGACGAUCGAUCGGGGGAUUGGCUACAAUUUCGCGGCGAGCAUGCGAAAUCGAACUCGACGAGGCGAUUCGAAUUUCGACGAAGGUCUCGGUUUUUAUUUUCUCAUCAAAGUUUUCGUGCUCUAUCGCUGCUAUUGAUUACUGUAUAGUUAUCUCACUGUCGUUGUUAUAGCCUCUUAUAUUAUAAUUUAGAAAGUGCUGAAAUUCCCCGCCCCCCUCAACCCGCGUAAAUAUUGUAUAUUUGCAAAGACUGAAAGGCUGUAAGUACAUCAUUGCGCGGGCGUACUGCACUCGUACACACGAAAAAAUAAAUGCAAACUGUGUCUAUACGUUA